AUGGUUCCAAACAAUCACGUCAAGAAGGUUGUUGCUGAUUUCGAGCAAGCCAUUUGGAGAGCCUUCCGUUACAUCUUGCCAAACACCACCAUCCAGGGAUGCCUAUUUCAUUGGGCACAGUGUAUCUUUAGGAAGGUUCAAGACCUUGGUCUGGCGGUUGCAUACCGUGAAAACGGUCUAAUGCAGAAGUUUGUCAGGAAACUCUUCGCUCUCCCAUGUCUUCCUGUUGAACACAUUUGUGCAGCCUUCAACCAGCUCAGCAAUGAACCAUCGACACCAGCCGUAGCUCCACUUCUAGACUACAUCCGAGAUACGUGGAUUGAAGGAGACCUGUGGCCGCCAACUUCAUGGUGCAUCUUCAACCAGUCAACAAGAACAAAUAAUGAUGUAGAGGGUUACCACCGUCGCAUCAAUGAGAAAGCCCGCAAUCAAGCCCACCAGCUCUACAAACUGAUCCCCCUCCUUCAUGCAGAGAGCUGCCUUGUUCCUCUUCAGGUCCAGCUUGUGAAGGAGCAGAAACUGAAAAAGUAUCACCGCAAACGUGCUCAGACCACCCAAGGACGAAUUUUCAGCUACUGGAGGCAGUACGAAGAGGGAACCCUGACAACAUCAUCCUUACUCAAGAAGUGUUCCAGGUUAACUGCUCCCAGUUUGUGA